AUGGCUGCACCACUCUACCCACUCACCAAACCAGGUACCCUUUUCACCUGGGGGAAUGAGCAACAAACGGCCUUCACAGCUAUUAAAGAGGCCUUAAUAACCUCCCCCGCAUUGGGACUUCCCGACUUAAAUAAGCCCUUUGAGCUAUUUGUUGAUGAGAAACAAGGCUAUGCUAAAGGAGUCCUGACUCAAAGACUGGGACCAUGGAGGCGCCCGAUUGCCUACCUGUCCAAGAAACUUGACCCGGUGGCUUCAGGGUGGCCUCCCUGUUUGAGGAUGGUCGCGGCAAUUGCCCUCCUAACCAAAGACUCAAGUAAGCUAACAAUGGGGCAACCGAUAACAAUUUUGGCUCAUGCAGUGGAAGCCCUGGUCAAACAACCUCCGAGCCAAUGGCUUUCAAAUGCCCGCAUGACCCACUAUCAGUCCCUACUACUAGACACUGACCGCGUACGUUUUGGCUCUGUGGUAACACUCAAUCCAGCAUCACUUCUUCCCCUACCGGAGAGUCCAGAAACUCAUGACUGUCUCCAGAUACUUGCAGAGGUACAUGGCACCCGGCCUGAUUUGACCAAUCAGCCCCUCCCUGACGCCGACUUCACCUGGUACACAGACGGGAGCAGUUUUUUAGACAACGGAGAACGAAGAGCAGGGGCUGCGGUCACCACUGAGACUAAGGUAAUUUGGGCUAGGGCCUUACCACCUGGUACCUCGGCACAGCGGGCUGAACUCAUCGCCCUGACUCAAGCCCUCCAGAUGGCAGAAGGUAAGAAGCUUAACGUCUAUACCGAUAGCCGAUAUGCCUUUGCCACGGCCCAUAUUCAUGGGGAAAUAUACUGA